AUAUAUGAAUGCCAGCGCCCUCGUUCAUGCUGUCUGCUCGUCUUGAGACACCUGCCCUGUUUUAAAAGGGACUUGGCGAGCCUGAACCUGAACCUCUCUGCUCCUAAAUGUGCUGCUGUAUCUUGUAAAAUGGCACUUAUGACUGGAGUAAAAGACAUUGGAGAAGUUUACACCAGACUGCUUGAUCACAGACCCUUCCUUCAGGGAGAAAUCAAGUACUUUGUCAAAGAGUUCGAGGGAAAGCGAAGUGACCGAGAAAUACAGCGGCUGUUCGAGAUACUAGAAAGCGUCACAACUAUAAGGGAGACCCAGGUGGAUCGCGUUUGCCGAAUAUCCGAUCAGCACCUUUGCGCUCUUACAGGGAACUUAGAGGUUGCUAUGAGCAUGUGCAACAAGAUCCUCGCCGCGGAAGACAAAAUUAACGUCGCCGAAGAUCUCUCAGAAAGGAGACAGCAACGUCAAAGGGAGUGGAACAACUUCUCAAAAGAAAUGCACAACAAAACUGCGUUGGUGGACCAGGCAUUCCAGGACAAGGAAAAGCAAAUCAUUGACUGUUACCGCAGCCUACAGGAAAAGCUUGAAUCCAAGCAUGUUGCAUAAAUUUCAUAAAGGUGUAAAGCAAAACAUAGGAACACUAUGUCAUUGUAUUUUGCUAUGCUAUUGUUACGUUAUCAUGCACACUCACUAUUCACCAGGGGCAGAUCCAGACCCACACUUUGGAGGGCGAUUUCUAUAUCAAAGCACAUAGCGGGGCGGGGCUGAAUAGGAAACGUAAUGUCUAACCUAAUGCAUUGGUAUGGUGUGGGGGGCGCACUCCCCUUUCCCUGGAUCCGCCACUGCUAUUCACCACGGUGACACUACCUAGUGGUAGCCCAUACACGGGAGCUAAAGCUAGAACAUGCAAGAUAGCACUGUGACUCAUCACAGGGCCCAUGGGAAACAGGCAUGGCUUAGAGGCUGUACAUUAGGGACUAUGAGGUACAGUUGUGUUGGGGUCACAAGGCUGUCCAUAUGUCAACCACUGAAGAUGAAUAUUUUUUUCAGUAUUAACUGCUGUCAACAAAAAUCUGCCCAAGACAAAUGUCAAUAUUACAGUCAAAUGCCUCAACAAGGUAUAUUAAACGUAAUGGAAGUUCCCAAAACAUCCUGUGCAAUAGCUACAUGACAGAACAAUGUCUCGUCAUGUAGGCCAUUCAUUCAGCAUCAAGGUUAUUUUUUCUACAAGCAACAGAUCCAUACAAAAGAGAAGGAAAAUCGCCCAAGCAGUCUCUUCAUUUCUGUAAUAUCCAUGAUGCUAGGAAUCAUUCCUAUGAAAAGCAACAGUGCGAGGGUUUAUAAUUUAUCAGAUAGAGGAUGCAUCUCCUUUAGAGAGCAUUUUGUCGUACCCUUUGGGGAAGUGUGAAGUUCUAACAAAUGAAAGAUUAAAAGCAAAUUGUAGUCUGGUGCACUGAGUAGUCUCAGCAUCAUUCUUUUUUUACAACCUUGUGCAUCUGCUUAUGGUGAGACCAUCCCAAAUCUUUUCUUCUGCUACCAAAAAGGCUGUCCAAAAUAGACGUAACCGGAUAGGAAAUUCAUAGGUGCCACACUUGAGACAAUGAAACCACUCUGUUGGCUAUACCACAUCAUUACAACCUGUUUUCAUGUCAAGUACGCAGGGUGCUAUGCCUGUUUUGAUAUUGGUGAUUUAAAGAAAAGCAGUUGAUGAAAAGAAUGAUGGAGCACAGUGGGGUAACUCUCGCAUCACCAGGGUUGGCCAAGCAACAUUCAGAUAUGCAGAUCACAUACGAAUCACAAGACCUCAAUGCGUGCACUGGCGUACAGUACACUGUGCAUCCCUCAAGCCAGGUAUUUUCCCAGACCCCCCCCCCCCCCCCCUAAAAAAAAAGAAAAUAUUGGCCAGAGUGGCACAAAACGCCACAAAAGCAGCAGAUAUGGGCAUCACCCCCUUUCUUCCACAAAAUGAAAAUCCUGGGAAUAUCCCUGCCAAAAGCUUCCUGCUUUCCUCGUUUGUGAGGACUGUUAUCUCAUUGAUUGGGCUUCAGAUUGGGCCAUGUCUUUCUCUGCAUUGUCUCAGCAUUGGUGACAGUAGGGGGACUAAGCUAACAAAGCAGUAUACCCAAUCAAUGACGAUGUCUUUGACAGGUUGCCACUUUUAUUUCACCAGUCACACGGCGUCUCUUCUGUUUGCCUCCUGUCAUAUGCAGAGGCACACUGUCAAAAGCUCUCUUCUUUUGGGCUGCAUUUUGUGAAUUAGUGCAAGCUGUGCAAGUUCCCGCAUUCGAUUCAGCGGAGGUGGAGCUUUUGCACUACACUCGACCUCUGAAUUGGGAAAAGUGCAGCACAAGUUCUACACUCAUCAAUAUGCUCAACUAUCAUUUAAGCAUCUUUUGCUUUGUCCGAUGUCACAGAACCCACAGGACAUGGGUAUUUCGUAAACAACUGUCUUCUCAAAGGGGGUGAGCGUGUCCAAACAAAAAUCAUUGUUAAAAACUAAACAAAGAUUGAACUUCCUGCAAAAAGUAAGUUAUGAUACACUUUGUGGUAAUAGGGGAUUACAAUACAGUUGGAAGGAGGAAAUACUUUUUGAGACAUCGGAGAAUAAAACAUCACUCAAUUUUCUUACGGCACAAAUUGUAAGAGUGGUGAUUUGGUCAGCCAGAAAAGUUUGUUCUGCUAUAUCCACAAUUUUGUCAGAUUUAUAUAAGCGUUAUAGAUUCUGCAGUACUCUCCAUUUUGUCAUCUUUCUCCCACUGCUGUUCUUGUAAGGUUUGUUGAUGACAUGUGAUCAUUUAAUUGAGUAUUGUUGCAUAUUGUUGCACUGCAGCAUGACUUUCAUACGCCUACCUUACCCUCACCUACCUACCUCCAUAUGCCUACCUUAUGUACGAGGGUGGAUCAAAUAUAAAUGAGACUUUCAUUUUAUAUUUUUUUUAUUUGUCAUAAGAAGUAAACAAAGUGUGCAUUAUUUUUUUACAUUAUCUCCCAAUGUAGAAAUGCAUUUUUCCCUAUGGGUCGAUAGCUUUUUUAUCCCCUCUUCAUAAAAAGAAAUGGGUCGUGGCCAGUUGCGCACAAACUCCUACACUGCAUUGUCAUUGCCAAAUUGUUGGCCUCCCAGUGCUUGUUUGAGUGGCCGAAACAGGUUAAAGUCAUAAGGUGAUAAGUCAGGGCUAUAGGGAGGGUGUUCCAGUGGCGUCCAGCCCAUUUCCCUUAAUUUUGCACAUGUGACGGAUGCAGUGUGGGGUCUGGCGUUGUCACAGAGAAGAAUCGCUUUACGUGUUGGUUGGUCACGCGUUUUUCUGUGAUAAGCAAGUUUAACCUCACUCAAAGGUUCACAGUAAUAUGCAGCGUUGACGGUGCGACUAUCGUGCAAGAAAUCAAUGUGCAAAAUGCUGCGCUGGUCCCAAAAAACAGUUGCAAGCGCCUUGCCAGCUGACAGCUGAGUCUUGGCUUUGACAGGGGCCUUCGUUUUCAACCUUGUCACGGCCUUCCACAAAUUUCUUAUGCCAGCAAACACACACGGCCUUGACAGUGUUUGAUUCCUGAACUGUGCCGUCAAUCUGUGCAGAAUUUCAGUCGGUUUUACACCCUCAUGAGCAAGGAACUUUAUAAUAAUACGUUGCACAAUCGACAGGUGUACCUUUUUCUUAAACAUCGUAUGACGAACUACUGAGGAAAUGUAACGAGAUUGGUCGGCUUCUCACGUAAUCACUGACCCACCUACCUAGCACGUGCACAAGCGGCAGCGCGCGCCAAUUGAUAGAACACGCUAUACAACAAAAGUCUCGUUUAUAUUUGAUCCACCCUCGGAGUUGGCAUGCCUUUUCUGAGUUGGUUGAUUUCAAUGGUUGAUUUCUUACGUAAUACGUCGGCUAUCGUCCUCCAAUGUUACACAAGCUAGUGUGUAAGAGCUAAGUGAGUGUAGUGCAGAUCGUUCACAGAUGUGAUUGUAACUGUGGUGUGUUAGCUGUUAUGUAUACGUUCUGUUGUCUGGGAAUGUUGAUUCUAACAUUAGCUUUGAAGAGAUCAUCAUGAUAUAUCUGUGAAAUAAAUUCACACUUGUGAACCGA